GAGAAAAAAAAAGGAAAAACAAAGAGUAAAGUGGAGGAAGAAGGAGAAGAAACCCUCUUUUUUCCUCUGACUACUCAUUUCAUGUCGGAGACUUCCCGGAAACUAAAGAAUCUCUUCAACGGAGACUAAAAUUUUCUCUCUUUCUUUCCUUAUCUUCGUUUUAGUGUUUUCCCCUUUGCUUACUUUUGAAGGAAACGAGAGAAGAUAGCGAGAGAGAGAGAGGGAGAGGGAGAAAGCGAUAGAGAGAGAGAUGUAUGUAGUGACGCCUCCUCAAAGAUCCGAUUUUGGAUCCAACUGCGAUUUGCGGGUUUAUCAAGCAUGGAAAGGAAGCAAUAUAUUUUGUCUUCAAGGAAGGUUUAUAUUCGGGCCAGACGUAAGAACACUUGCUCUGACCAUAAGUCUCAUUGUUGCCCCUGUGACAAUCUUCUGCAUCUUCGUCGCUAGCAAGCUAAUUCAGGACUUCUCUGAUAGUUGGGGAGUAUCAAUAGUCACUGUUGCUGUUGUCUUCACCAUUUACGAUGUAAUUCUUCUGAUGCUAACAUCCGGAAGAGAUCCAGGGAUUAUCCCAAGAAACUCUCAUCCUCCAGAGCCAGAAGUUCUUGAUUGCAGCACGAACUCAGGGACAAGCCAAACGCCGAGGUUGCCUCGCGUAAAGGAAGUAGAGGUUAAUGGAACCAUAUUUAAGGUCAAGUACUGUGAUACUUGCAUGCUCUAUAGACCUCCUCGCUGCUCACAUUGUUCGAUCUGCAACAACUGUGUAGAGAGGUUUGACCAUCACUGUCCUUGGGUUGGUCAAUGUAUUGCUCAAAGAAACUAUCGAUUCUUCUUCAUGUUUGUCUUCUCCACAACUCUUCUCUGUGUAUAUGUGUUGGCCUUUUGUUGUGUCUAUAUAAGGAAGAUCAAGGAAUCUGAAGAUGUAACCAUCUGGAAAGCAAUGCUCAAAACUCCUGCUUCCAUGGCUCUGAUACUCUACACAUUCAUAUGUAUGUGGUUCGUUGGAGGCUUAACAGGUUUCCAUCUCUAUCUCAUCAGCACAAAUCAGACUACAUAUGAGAACUUCAGAUACAAUUAUGACCGUCGUAGCAACCCACAUAACAAAGGAGUGGUUGAUAACUUCAAAGAAAUCUUCUGUUCAGCGAUACCUCCUUCUAAGAACAACUUCAGAGCUAUGGUGCCGAGGGAAGCUCCGUUGCCGUCAAGAUCAGCAGUUGGAGGUUUCAUGAGUCCAAACAUGGGAAGAGCUAACGAUGAGAUUGAAAUGGGGAGGAAAGGUGUUUGGGCAAUGGCUGAACAUGGUGAUGACAAGAACGAUAAUAACAAUGAAAGGUUCCAUGUUAACGACGAUGAGCUAGGCGAUUUGUCAUCAGGCAUUAGGACGGAUGUGGAUGAUGCUGCGCAGAUCGAUAGGCGAGAGAUUCACCCGAGGAACUCAAGCUGGGAAAUGUCACCGGAAGUUAUGGCCUUAGCUGCAAGAAGAAGCUAGAAACAUGCCAAUAGAAAAACUUGAGAGGUGUUUUUUUCAAAUGUUCUUUUGUAUGAUUUCAACUUUGAUUUAUUGAUGUUGUAUCUUGGGUUUAUAGGGAAAUCAAUUGUGAAUUGAUAUGAUUUUUCCGGAAGUUUGUUAGUUGUGUUCAGACAGUUAAGAUCUUAAUCAUUGUGUUUUAAUGUAAUCUGUUAUCUUAACAGUAAUUUAUCUUUCACAGGAUGAGAGAAAAC